CUACCUUCUCGCGAGGCUUAUAUUUAACUAGAACAGAGACGCACUUGUUAAAUGAGGAGAGGCUGAGGGUUGUGUACAUGCUGAGUUCUGUGUACUCGGUUGUGUGCUAGGAACCCGGCGGUGGGUAUUGAUCAAACAUGGAGAAAGUGAUUUCAUCACUGAAGCUCCUGAAUUUUCAGUCCAGGAUCAGGGACGAUGAUUUGGUUGAUCAGCUUCAUCAUUUUUACACGGCUUUCUUGUUCGCUGCUUUUGGGAUCAUUGUGGGCAUCAAAGAGAACACGGAGGGCCCACUCGAUUGCUGGCUCCCUAAUUAUACCAUGAAGCACUUCCAGGAGCAUGCCAAUCACUAUUGCAGGACCCAUAAACUUUACAGCUUCCCCAAUGCAGAUAACCAUUCCGAGGUGCCAUAUGACCUGGACCCUCUACAUGGGGGACCACUGAAUGCUACAUUGGUGAAAGAGUCUAAUGAUCUAGGGGAGAUAAACUUUUACAGAUGGAUUACAGUUAUCUUCCUUGUCCAGGCAUUCAUGUUCAAGUUCCCCAACGUGAUUUGGAAUGAGUGCAACGAGUACUCCGGUACGCAGAUAGAAAAAAUGGUGACCAUGAUAUCAGACAGCUCCUUUGACACCACGGAGAAGAAGAACACGGUGUUUGCUAGCGUGGCCGAGUUCCUGGAGACAUGGCUGAAGAUCAACCGCAAGCCGUUCUGGUUCAUGAAAAGCAGGGUUGGCAGACAAACUAAAAAGAUUCUCCAGCACUGGAUGUUGUGUAUGGGGGCCAACACAGGUAACUACCUGUCCACCAUGUACCUGGUUGUGAAGGCUCUGUUCUUGUUUAACGUCAUCUUCCAGUUUCUCAUGCUGACGGCUUUUUUGGACUUCAAUUAUUGGCACUACGGCAUUAGGGCUCUUCAGAUCUACUACAAGACCCAGGAGAGGAAGGACAUCACCCACUUUCCCAGGGUCGCCCUGUGCCACUUCCAGGCUCGUGGUCAAGGGACGUGGAUCCAGUGUCUGCUGACCAUCAACAUGUUGCUGGAGAAACUCUUCGUGGUUGAGUGGUUCUGGUUGUUUGUACUACUGGCACUGACCAUCUACAGCUUAAUUAAAUGGCUGACAAGAAUUUUGAGAACAGAGAUGUCCAUACAGUUUAUUAUAAAAUAUCUGUCAGUGUUCAAUGAUGAUGGGACACUACCACAGGAUGGAAAAAGAACCGUUCUGACUUUUGUAAGAGACUACUUGGGCAACGACGGAGUUUUCUUACUGCGUAUCCUGGCACUCAACACAAACGACGUGGUCAUGUCCGAGCUGAUCUGCAAUGUCUGGAAGAGGUACAUCGACUACCACAACAAGGCCGCAUGGCCCGAGCCUGUGGUGGUCAAGGAGCCUGACCCCUCUGAGAACAUGGGCGUGGAUGCCAUGGAGAUGGAUCCGUUGACCUCCAACACAGAUAAGGACCUGGAGAAAGUUCCAGUUCUUCUGAAUAAUGAUGAGCAUAUUGCAUAGUGUAUAAUAGUAUGGGAGUGUUGCAUUGUGGGAAUGUGGACAGAAUGUUGCAUUUUGGGUAAUGGGGUCAAGUUGUUGCAUUUUGGGUAAUGGGGUCAAGUUGUUGCAUUUUUGGUAAUGGGGUCAAGUUGUUGCAUUUUGGGGAAUGGGGAGAUAAUUACAUUUUGAGGAAUUAGGACAGAGUAGCAUUAUGGUAAAGUUAAACAUGUAUGCAUUAUGAAGGUGUAUGGCAUGGAUUAGAGUGAUGUUCUUGUAUAUAUGCGAGGGAGAAUGCUACUAAACGUUUUUCGAUGUUGAACUUGUGAAACAGGGUUUACACAUCACGAUUUUUUUACAAUAUACAUUGAUUGUCAUUGUCUAGUCAAUUAAUUGUACUCUUGAUAAGGAUUUGUUGUCUACACAUUUUAGGUUAGGAAUUGUAAAAGGAAGUCACUGUUCAUUCUUGAUGUAAGAGAAAUGACUGUUCAUUCUUGAUGUAAGGGAAAUCACUGUUCAUUCUUGAUGUAAGGGAAGUCACUGUUCAUUUUUUUAAAUUACAUUAUUAUCAAUGUAAAAAAAAUAUAAUUUUCUCAGUUGUUAUCAAUGUCAGCACCAAUCAAACUGUGUACCUGACAUACUGUUAUUGUAUGCCUUAUUAAGUUAUGUGCAGAUGCUGUUCAUGUACAGAUUUUUUUCAAUUUUUGCAAGACUGGCCUGAUUCUUUAAUUGGUGUGACCAUGCUAUGAGGAAAAAAUUAUGUUUUAUAUAGUGUAAAAAAAAUUGUGUUGACUUAGCAAUUGUCUUCAUGAUCACACGUUUACCUAAUUAUAAAAUGUUUACCUGUGCAAGGUGCACCUAGUUUUACCUGUUCCCACAUUGUAAUCUUUACACGUGUUGUUUUAGUCUUGGUGGCAUGUAGCUUAGCUUGCUUUAUAUGAAGUGCCAGCAAAAACUUACAAAAAUUUUAUAAUUCUUACAGUAAUGUUGUUUGACCAAUUUUAGUGGUCAGUAUUUUGAUGGUCAGUUUGCUACUGUUGCAAGUUGUUUGGUAUUUUUUUUUUUUAAUUUUUAUUUUGAGUUAGAAGUUUACACAGUAAGAUAUUAGCUUUAAAGACAAAUUUUACCUCAGUUUUAAACUAGUAGGCUACACAGUGUGUGGUUCAUUUUUUAAUUGGAAGUUGACUUGUGAAGUUACACGUGACCAAACCUUAAAACAACAGCUUUACACCUACUUUUACCUCUGUUGUAAACAAUACACUUUCCCGGAGAGUUUAGCUUCACACAUGUGUGUUUGUGUUUAAUGAGUGUGUGUGUGUAUAUGGGGGCAUGUGCUUAUGUAAGUGAGGAGUGUGACAUAGUCCCAGGUCAUGUGACCUCAAGUACUACUGUUCUAUUCUGGUCACAUUCACACGUCCAUUUUAAAAUAUUUGAACAUUGUAAAAUGUAGAUAAACCACAUUUUAUUGUAAAAUGUAUAUAAAUCACAUUUUAAAAAACUUGCUUUUAAACUUUUAAAACAUUUAGAAUUUAAAAAUUUUAUCCUACAUAAUAUAUUUUAAAAUAUUUUGUAACACUAAAAUUUAAAGGGCAUUGACUCCUAAUAAUAAUGCUUUCACACCACAUUAAUCAUUGAAAUUACUGUAAGCCUCAUCAAAUAAAGGUAACCACAUUGGCAUUUAAAUUAUUCACUCAUUUCAAAACCACCAUUUUAAAUUUCUCUCUCAGUUUACCCUCUACCUAUAAACAUUGUGUAAAAAUUGUGCAAUAGAUUUUGAGAAGGAAAAUUUAAAGUUUACUUCUCAAGGAGCUUAUGUUUUUGUUACCAAACAUUUCUGCAUUUUUAUAUAAUUUUUUUUUACAUAAUCCUUUCUUUUUAAACAAACAAUUGUAUACAUAUUUUUUCUAAUACUAAGACAUUCAUGUUAACGGGUACUACUUUAUAGGUCCAGUUGAAUUUUAUUUUUGUGUUCAUCACUUCAGUUUAAAAAACAAACAAAAUACUUGCAUUUAAAAUUUAGUUUUGAAUCCUGGAAGCUUUUUUGAAAAAGUCUUGUCUUUCUAACUGCUUGUCAAUGUAAGAAAUGGUAUGCAUCAUUUUAUUUUUGUUAAAUAAACUUCUAUUUUGAAGUUGUUUGAUUUUGCUAAAUAAUCAGGGUGAAAAUUAGUUUUAUUCUAAAUAAAUUGAUGAAGCUUAUAACAAUAAUGGCCUUGUGUAGGGGUUAUCCUAAUAGUUUGCACCUACAGGAGAUUGGGAUUAGACAUGAUGUAACAAAUUUAAAUACAAUUUUAAAAUUAUAUUUCAUUAAGGAUGUUUGGAGCUGGGGUUUUUUUAGGGGGAGGUCUGGCUGUUUGAUGCUUUAGGUAACAGGUGAAACCUAGACUACAUUAAGGGUUAACCCCUUCUUCGGAUUAUCUGUCAGAUUAGUGAGUGUGAUUAUAAUGACAAGUUGUUUUGAUGUGGUCUAGCAAAAUCUUGUUACAUUCUCCCAUAUAGAACUAGUUGACCUUAGUGUAUGGUACGUUUAAACUUGGAUACAAGCUAGUUAGUUUUGAGUAUAGUUAAAUUUUAUUUCUUGGUGUACAAGUUAAAACUUACAAGGUUUAAUCUAACAGGGCAGCCGUUUUGUAUUGUAACAUUUUGGCCAGAAUUAAAAAAAAAUAUUUUGUAUUUUUUUAAAAUAACAUUUUUUUCUGUGCCUUUUCAUCAUUCCUCAUUUUUAUGUUUCCUGUUUUUUGGAUGUACUGUGUUAAAAUGUUAAGACUUGUUUAAAGCAACCAUUUAUUUAGUGCCUGCAUUUUAAUGAGAUUUGUUUACAUUUAAGCAUGUUUCAUUAGUUCAAUCCUUUAUUUGGUGCCUAAAGUUUAGGGAGAUUUGUUUACAUUGAACCAUGUUUCGUUACUUUAAUUGAGCUUUUCUCUGCGUGACCAGCUGAUUGUGCACUAGUGGUCCAUGUAAUUUACUUUAAAAUUUCUCUCAAGCCUACUGUUAUGUCCUUUACACUAUGUCUGUGAAGUAUUCUAUGUGUACUUACAACUAUUUAUUCAACUAAAUUAAUUUGAGUAAAAAAAAGUAAAAUAUUUUGUAUAGUAAAAUUAUUUGACAUGAGUGUUUAUUAAAAUUUAAAAAAUCUGGAGCAUUGUGUUUAUAGGCCUACUUGUGUUUGAAAACAGAGCAUUUGUUGUGAAGAAUACAUCUAUUAUGAUGGUUUUGUUUACAAAGUUUAUAAAAAUGUUUUUUCUAUUUGAAUAUGAAGCUGAUGUGUACUUGUACGCAAUGUCAGUGAAUGAAAUGUACUCUUUACAAUGGUUUUAAAAAAUUUGAAGCUGGUGAAUGUCUACAUGGAAAUAAAAAACUUUUCCUAAAUC